GAUUCCUGUAGUCCUGCAAUCUUAGUGUACCGCAACAAUGUCUGUAGCCGGGCUUAAAAAGCAGUUUUAUAAAGCAAGUCAGCUUGUGAGUGAAAAAGUUGGAGGAGCUGAAGGGACCAAAUUGGAUGACGAGUUUAAAGAAAUGGAAAAGAAAGUUGAUGUGACCACUAAAGCUGUUACUGAUGUUCUUGCAAAGACUAUUGAGUAUCUGCAGCCAAAUCCUGCUUCAAGGGCUAAGCUGUCAAUGCUGAAUACUAUGUCUAAGAUACGUGGGCAGGUGAAGAAUCCAGGAUAUCCGCAGCCAGAAGGUGUUUUAGGAGAGACUAUGAUCAAAUUUGGCAAAGAUCUUGGGGAUGAAUCAAAUUUUGGUGAUGCUUUGCUGGAUGCUGGGGAGUCAAUGAAAAGGUUGGCAGAAGUAAAGGAUUCUCUGGAUAUUGAAGUGAAACAAAACUUUUUGGAUCCGCUACAGAAUCUUUGUGACAAAGAUUUGAAGGAGAUACAGCAUCAUCUAAAAAAACUGGAAGGCCGGAGGUUAGAUUAUGACUACAAGAAGAAGCGACAAGGAAAGAUACCAGAUGAAGAGCUGAGACAGGCCAUGGAAAAGUUCAUUGAAUCAAAAGAAGUGGCUGAGACGAGCAUGAUUAAUUUGCUUGAUACAGAUGUUGAACAAGUUAGCCAACUGACAGCCUUGGUGGAAGCACAGCUAGACUAUCACAGGCAAGCUGUGCAAAUACUGGAUGAACUUUCAGAAAAGCUGAAGGAUCGUGUUAGAGAGUCUUCUUCAAGAACAAAACGAGAGUUCAAGCCUAAGCCACGAGAAAGCUAUGAAUAUGCUGAAAGUGAACAGUCCAAUGGUGGCUUUAGCAACCCCUCCAGCAAAGCACCAGCUUCAUCAUCUUUCCGCAGUGAAAAGCCUGCAAGGACUAAUAACCGCAGUUCAGCUCCCUUGGACCAGCCAUGUUGUAAAGCUCUUUAUGACUUUGACCCUGAAAAUGAUGGAGAACUAGGUUUCCGUGAGAGUGAUAUUAUUACACUUACCAAUCAGAUUGAUGAGAACUGGUAUGAAGGAAUGAUAAAUGGCCAGUCUGGUUUUUUUCCUGUCAACUACGUUGAGAUUCUGGUUCCAUUGCCUCAAUGAGUUUCACUUGGAUUUGCUUAAUAAACUACAUUAACACUAAGGACCAAAAUUAUGAGGAACUAUAAGCACCUGGCUUCCUGUUUUUGACGAUCUCUCUGGAAGAGCAAGUCUUUUUAAUCAGUUUUAUAAGUCAGAGGCCUGUUACUUCUGGACGCCGGCCAUAGAAUACAUUUUGUCCGUCCAUCCAUUGCCCCAUUUGAUGCUUAAGAUCUUGCAUAAAGGCUAUUCUAGUAAUUCACUACGUCAGUUACUAUAGUGAACACUAAGUGCCCCCCACAUACAGUUUACAAUAUAUUUUAGUCUAACCAGAAUGUGAUUUUCUUUAAACCUUUUGUGGUUUGGAUAAAUUCUAAAAUACUUAUGUAUGACUUCUGAAAAGAACCCAAACCAUAAUGCACAACUGCUAAUGGAUUGCAUUCUGUUGAAUGGGUUAGGCCUUUUUCAUUGUCUUUUUACAAAAUACUUUUUUUCUUGAAUACUUUGGCUGCAAGAUUGUGGUAGCAACUAAGGUGUUAACCUUUUGCUCCUGCUUAUUAUCUAUGUGUAUCUAUGUGUAUGUAUAUGUAUAUUAUAUAUAAUCUUUAUAUUCUAUGUGACAUCAUGUAUCUUGGUACAGUUAUCUAUUUUAGCCUAGGGAUUAACAUUGUGAAUAUACAGAGACCAUUGGAUCUGCUAGGUUUACUUCUGUAUCUCUUUAAUGGACCAAUAAUACCAAACAAAAUGAAAAUUAAUCAUUUAAAUAUACAUACCAUUUUCUUUACUGAACAUGUAACAGUAUUUCUCCUUAAGUGAAAGUCAUGGCUGUAGGUAUUUUUACAUACUGCGUAAAUCCGUUCAGCAUAUUGUAUUCAGUGGAAUGAUUAAUGCAUAACAAUCAGCAAAAGUACACACACACACACAAACUACUGAUCAGUAACAGCAUGUGAUAGAUGUCUAGUUAUUAAAAAUUGUUGUAUUAUUAUA